UCGAGUUUUUAACUCCGUACAACUUUUGGUCACACUUAUACAGUUUAUUGCUCGAUUUCUUGCUUAUAGAAAAAUAAACAAAAAGAAGGCGAUAAAUUGAUUUAGCAUGGGCGUAACCGUGUUGCAACCAUAUCCACUGCCUGAGGGCAAAUCGGGGGCCCACAUCAUGGACCAUCUGGGCAAGCGCUUACUCUCCCUGGGCGCAUCACAUGCCGGCCAAUUUCUGGUUGAUUGCGAAACGUUUAUCUCAACACCACAGCACGGAACACCGGCUCGAGCAGUCCAUGUGCUGCACAACUCUGAGUAUCCGGCUUCCACAUUCUCCAUAAUUGACAAUGGCACUGGCAAGCAAGUGGCCAUUGUGGCCGAUAACAUUUUCGAUUUGCUAAUGCUGAAAAUGACUUCCAUAUUCACGUCGAAGAAACAGACGAAAAUUGAAUCGCGCGGAGCCCGCUUUGAGUACGGCGAUUUUGUCAUCAAGCUGGGCUCUGUUACCAUGAUGGAGCACUUCAAAGGCAUACUAAUUGAGAUUGAGUACAGGCCGUGCGUGACGCUUUCAUAUUGCUGGGAAAUGAUACGCGAAAUGCUUCAAGGCUUCCUUGGUAUCAGCGUGGCCAAAGAGUAUCCCACCUACUUCACCACACAGACCAUCAUGAACGCCAUGGGCCAGCAGCAGCUGCAUGCCAAGCAGAACGACAUCUACGAGCCAAUGGACACGGUCAAACAGUAUCUCGAGCACUUUACCAAUUAUCGCAAGCAUGUCCAGUUGCACGGCUCGCUGGCCAGCUCAGCUGCUUCCAUUAGCUCAGUGAUGCUGCCCUCAACGGUUGGUAUGGGGCGACCCUGAUGCGAGGUGAAGCUGGAACCGCCAGAUACCGCCUAGCCAGCUGCAGAUUUAUCAUACUAUUUUGUUUUCUGACUUAAGCAAAAACUCAAAACUGAAAAUUUAAU